AUGUUUUCCUCGUCCGUUCGAAGAGCUGCUCUGACAGCACCACCAGUACCGAUAAUACUUCCUAUUCACAAUGUCGCACCACGAGCUGCCACCUACCAAGCCCUUUCGAUCCGUUGCCAUCAGCGUCGAUUAUCCUCCUCUUCUUCGUCGAAACCCUCAAGCCCAGCAGAUGGAUCAAAGAGAGUAGCGGAAGGGCAAGCUGUUCCUGCAUCUCCAUCACAAGCCAGACCUGAUAGUGAGAAGAAGGCUUCUAAAGCGGGGAGAAAAAAGGCAAAGGAUGCUUCAACCAGUUCUGCAAAGAAAGACGAUACCGUGCACAAUUUACCUAGCGUGCCUAGUACCAGUCAUAUUGCGCCAAACCAAAUCGCCGCGUCCGCGUUCUUCUCCCUUCAUAGGCCCAUAUCGCUCACCAUGAACUUCCCUAAAGCCGUAACAGACGAAGCAUUCGCCGCUAUCUUCGCACCAAGAACACGAUCAAAGAAACCGCAAGAAGUCAUAGCUACACUAUCGAAUACACUUCAAUCUCUCGACACUGCCACAGGGUCACUCAAACAACUUAAUAUUCAAGAUCAAUGGAACGAAGAAACGGAUGAGCUCCGCGCCGGGAUCACCGCUGAUUCCUACAGAGUCCAACACCUCGACAAUGCCAGCGAAGUACCCCGCUCAAUGUUCGCCCGCAAAUACACACCAUUCUCCCCUCCACCUGCACCUGUCCCUAUGAGCACAGAGGAAUCGCUUGCUGCCGGCGCAGAAGCCGCUGCCGAACACGAGGAAGCGCAUCUCCCCCAACAACGCACAUACCAUACCCUCCUUACGAUCAACGAAUCCACUGACGCAAACGGCGAGGUUACAUACACAGCGGAAAGCGGCCCAAUAGUAUCAGAAGACCCACCUAGAAGUUAUCUCGAGCGCUCGAGAAUCCGUCGCAGAGAGCGAGCAACUAUGUGGGCUAUUAGUGUGAAGAGACAGCGGAAAUUAAAGAUGAAGAAACACAAGUACAAGAAGCUCAUGCGCCGGACGAGGAAUUUGAGACGAAGAUUAGAUCGUAAUUAG